CGAAAUGCGGGAGGCUGUGCGCGCUCUUCUCAAAUGGGAAAAUACGGGCACGACGCAUGCGCGGCGCGUAUCACCCGGAAGUGGAAGGCGACCAUUUUUUUUCGACGCCGCUGAGGAGAAGUUCUCCACGCUGGUCUCCGGUGUCUUGAGAAAUCAUGAGUCUCUUAAACAAACCCAAGAGUGAAAUGACCCCAGAGGAGCUGCAGAAGCGAGAAGAAGAGGAGUUCAACACCGGGCCCCUCUCUGUCCUCACGCAGUCUGUCAAAAACAACACUCAGGUGCUGAUCAAUUGUCGCAACAACAAGAAGCUCUUGGGGCGAGUCAAGGCCUUUGACAGGCAUUGCAACAUGGUGUUGGAAAAUGUCAAAGAGAUGUGGACGGAAGUGCCCAAGAGCGGAAAAGGCAAGAAGAAGUCGAAGCCUGUCAACAAGGAUCGUUACAUCUCUAAAAUGUUUCUUCGUGGUGAUUCAGUCAUUGUGGUGCUGAGGAACCCUCUUAUUGCUGGGAAGUAAAGGGCUGUCAGAUUGAGGAAGGCCCCAGAGCCUGGUCCAGAAAAGGUAUAGUUUACAAAGUUCCAUAAAUCAUAAACAGACUCAUACAGCAUCAGCAUCUCCUUGUGAGCUGCCUGCAGAUGAUCUCCAGAUACAAAGUUCCCUGUUUGAUGAAUUUUCUGUUGUUCUCCUGAAACUCCCUGCUAUAUACUUGUAUAUGGUCUGCUGACCUCUUUGGGGUGCUUUUUUUGUAAUAAAUUUUUUGUUAAAUUUC